ACGAAUUGUUCCAACACUGAGUGUACCGGUGGAGAGUUGAUGAAUGAUAAAAAUCUUGCUGUGAGAUGGUACAGAUUUAACAGUUCCGGAGGAUGGAAGAUUCCCGAGACGGUCGUUCCACAGUAUCGCUGCUCCGGGAAGAAACCAGGCUGGUUAAACGGUCCCCAUCCCAACGUGGGAGAGGGGGAGGUGACCAGGACCGUCUGCUUCAGCAAGGAUGAAAAACCCUGUGAGAAGAACCAGGAGAUCAGGGUGAAAAACUGCUCUGGUUAUUUUGUGUAUCGGCUGUGGCCGACACCCGGGAAUGAUGCUGUGUACUGUACAGCUAAUAAAAGCCUAAUGUUCACCUUCCGUCUGCGAGAGUUAUUGAUGGUGCAUCAGGCGCCAACAGUAACGACCUAA